AUGUCCACCUUUGUUGGCUCCAUUUUUGCUUCAGGGACCAUUCAUAACGAUGCUCCCCCACUAGAAGAUACUGUCAAAGAGACUGAGGUUACAGCUGACGCUAAGGAAGUGUCUGCAGAGAACACGGAGGAAGAUGCAGAACCAGAGGAUCCUGCUCCUCAAAUCCGUGAAGAAUGCGCCGAGACUUCAGCCUGCGCACCUCUGAAUCACCACUUUGCCCACUGCACAGAAAGAGUCACAUCUGGGCAAGGACAACCUCACGAAGACUGUGUCGAAGAGCUUUUGAGUGACGAUUGCACCGCGGAAACCUUGCAGAUACUCAUACGUUCAUUCAUUCAAUCGCUCAAUCCUUUCACUACCCUCAGUCUCAUGCACUGUGUGGACAAUUGCCUCGCACCAAAACUAUUCAGCAAACUUGCCUGA